AUGCCGGCCCAACUUGAGGAUCUGGCUCCCCAACUCGUCCAGUUCGUUCCAUCACUCUUGGCCCCCGUGGAGCGCUCGAUCACCUUGAUCAAACCGGGCCGGGCUCGUCUCCCAGGCCUCGAUAAUGCUGCCUUACAGCUCCUGCGCAAGAAGCAAAUCCGCUUGCGCGCUCUCACUACCACAACUAGAACGGCGGCUGCUGAUCUCGGGCCUCAUGUCGCCAGGGCCCUAGCAUCGACGCUGAUAUUUGCCCAGCAGGAGGCCGGCACAGCCGUGUGUAUCGACUCUCGCGGAUGGAUCGUGACCUGUGCCCAUUGUUUUGGGGAGUCUCCCCAGGAAUGGCGCAAGCAACGCUACAAGUGGCUCCUCUAUUACUCCGGGCUCGCGGUCCAGGCCGAAUGCCACGUGUGGGAUGCUCGGCGUGAUCUCGCCCUAGCCAAAGUAAUUCGAAUGGAAUGGCCCGAGGCACAAGGACACAGGCUGCCUCGACCGGAUUCUGUGUAUUGGGCAACCCGGGCCGACGACCUCGAAACGGCCUCGUCGCGCAAGACCGAUUACGAUCUGGUGGAGAUCUCCCAAGGUCGCCUUCGCGGCAUGGUCCCAGGUGCGGACCCGCACGACAACUCGGAUAUAGGCGCAUUGAAGCAUGACGCAUGGACGUACUGGGGCCACUCGGGUGCGCCGCUCUUGCGUUGGGCAGACGGCACACUGGUAGGUCUUCAUUCAUCCUGGGACGAUACCACGGCGAUGAGACACGGAGUCCCCCUGGUUGCCAUCAGGGAGUUUUUGAGGGCUCACCUCCCCACCGAACGAAUCGGACUCUCGCUGGCCCCACAGGGGGCGAGCGCAACCGAACGAGAGAUAAUCGUCAUUGACAGCUCGGAUUAA